AUGGAUCACCUACCCACGCCUAUCGAUGGACAACAUCCACGUGUUCAAAUGUACGCCGAAGCCAACACUACAUUUCUUCCAGAACAGUUCUUUACGUUGCCGAGUGAAUGGGGCUACGAAAACACGCUCGAACUUGUGGAGCUUGGGCUCGGCAGCAAGAUAAAGGACCGGAAAGUCAACGAGUUUCUUCAAUCUUGGCUCUUUUUUGCUCUGCUUGCUCAGAUUCUGAAUCGCCCUAUUGAAAACGAGAAGUUCCGGUAUGGCACGUCGGGGGUCCACACCGAACCUCUUUCAAAAAUGAUCAAAGACGCGGUUCAGGAAGAGCGAGCAGAAACCGAACUCAAGGCAACAUCACGCGACGUUCGUUUUCAAUGGUCAGAGGGCGCAGAUGACAAGAGUCUUCAUGGGGUAAGCCGCGUGCAGAAGAACAGAUGGUUCAGAGCAAACAUGGCACUCGAACAAGCAAGCCGAUUCAUCUCCAAGCACUGUUCCUACAAGCGCCUCGCCGAAGACGGGCAGCCGACAGUCGAUCUACCAUCUCCACUUAUGGAUGAAGAGAUUGCGGAGCCUCGCGCUAACGAGCUCAAACGUGACGAUUCAGGCGGAGACGAUCGCAACAUGCUCGAGUGUCAGGUUGAGACGCUGCAGAAAACCUUCAACAAAAUCCACUCGGGGAGUGCCGUCAUUACUUCCCAAGACAAUAUUCCUUUUUAUGUGGAUGUGUUGUGCAUGCCAAAACAACCAACGGCCCGCGCAAAGACGAUCAACCAGUUGAAACACAUCUACCACAGGGCCUUUGCGGUCCUGGUAUGGGAUAGGAACUUGCUCGAAAGACAAUUUUCUGGAGACAUAUUCGAAACCAGCAUGCGGAUUCGCGCUGGCGAUUGGAUCACUCGACUUUGGACAUUUCAGGAGAUUAUCCUAGCACAGAAUGGUGCUAUUCACAUUGCCUUUGACAAGGAAAACACUAUCAGUGUCAGCGAUAUGCAAAAGAAGCGGGUAAAAGUUCGCGAGAAUCUCAUGGACAGCCACCACUACGUCCGAAGAGCAGGGCAUCCUUUCAGUAAAGCAAUAAGAGAUCUUCGGAAGAAGCCCGAUCACCGCGUAGAGCGAGCAUGGGAAGCUGUACAAUAUCGACAGAUCAGAAAUGCCGACGAUGAGACCAUUGUUCUUGCCAGCGUUCUUGGGAUGGAUGUCCUCACCAUCCAACAGAUCGAUGAAACUUCCACGGAUCGAGACAAGAUCGCCGACGAGCGAAUGGCAGAGUUUCUCCAUAUGCUGGAUGAAACACCAGGGCUUGGCAUACCAUCAGGUCUCAUCUUCCUUCCUGGAUCCAAACUAUCCAUUAAGGGCUUCGAGUGGGCACCAUCCACAUGGCUCACGAAACACUUGCAUCCUCAUAGGCUACUCAGCCCUAUUGGACAAGCAGCCACGCUUAUGAGAGACGGUGCUCUCGUGCGAUUUCCAGGCAUUCUACUGCAUUGUCCUAACAAAGGAGUUGAACAAUCAACAUUCUGGUUUCCAGUGCAUGAAAGCAUGCACAAAUGGUUCAAAGUGAAGGUCGAUGUUAAGCCAGAAAGGUGGGCGCAAUUCUGGCAGCGUGCCAGCUGCCCAGAUGAUCCAGAGCCCGCAAUAAUCCUGUGCAAUGGAGAUGCGCGAAACAAAUGGGGAGUUGGUGUGUUGGUAAAAUCCAAAGGAUUUCUGAAGAAGGGCGAGAUAAGGCUUGUUGAGCUCUUGUCUAGGGUCUGGAUCCGUCUCGAGACAAACCCCAAAGUCAUCAGCGAUUGGAUCUCAAAUAUGCAAAAACAUAGCGAUCAUGUCAUGUUCGGAGAGAGGUUGGGCGUUCAGCAGGAAUGGUGCGUAGGGGGGAGGCCCGCGGUGACGCCGUGUGACAGCAGUACGGCACAGUAG